UCACGUACCAACAAAAAUAUGUUGCUGCACUCAUAUAGCGGUCUUUUUUGUACAUGCGUUAUAAUGAUGGCGGAAUCGGUCGCAUGGCAUCCAAAUAUGAGACGAUUUAGUGCAAAUCCACCGUCCAUGGCAUUUAAAUUAAAAACAGAACCAUAUAUCUCUAUUUUGUCGGACAAUUAUUAUAUGAUGCCUUCAAAUGGCAUUAAUUCUAAAGAUGGACAUAACCUUAUAAUUGGAAAGCAACGACUUCUAAAUGCGCUUCAAAAUAAAGACGAUAUCAAGCGGAUUGGAGGAACAAACGCGCAGCAAAAGCCAACGGAGAAAACAAAUGGAUAGUAGUACACAAACAAGAUGCCAGUGUCAUGAUAUUAUCAUUAAUGUUACAGAUUUUACUGUUGUG